UCCCUCAUUUUUCAACACAGCACACACCCUUUGCAGCUGCAUAUGAUCUCUUUCACCAGCACUGCAAGCAAUAUGGGCCUUGAUUCUCAAAAGCUCUCUGGUCUGGCAAGAUUCUAUAAGAUGCCUUACCAGUCUUCAUUCUUGUAAAGCCAGAAGGAUGUGAAUGGCUGGAAUGGUAAAUCUAUAUUUAGGCAGCUGAUGUCAUUUGGAUGCCUGGCUCUGAAGUGUGCCCGAACCCACCAGUUUGCCUCCAUACAAUUUACUCUACAGGAAGACGCUGUCCAGGAUAAAGAAGGUCAUUCAAAUUCUAAAUCACAGUGAGGACAAUUCAUCAAGACUCUGAUUGCUUCCUUCUUUUAAAACAAAGCCUCACCAAGGGGAGGAACAGCCAAGCACGGAACACAAUGUCAUCACACAGUGCCCUACAGAAGGAGAGGAGACAACAAGCGUCUGCCAUUAUGAGGGAAAUCCAGGGAAAUGAUUCAGAUGGUUUGGACUUUGGGAAGAAGAUCAGCGUCCCAAAGGACAUUAUGUUGGAAGAAUUAACUCAUCACAGUAACCGAGGGGCAAUGUUAUUUAAGAAAAGGCAGAGGAGAUCAGAGAAAUACACUUUUGAAAAUGUUCCAUAUCAAAUGAAUCUACAAAGUAAUCAGAAUGAAUUAAUUCAAAAUGCCAAAAAUGACGCAAACACUUUGAACUCUGCCCAGCAACAAUCUCCACUGACGCCUCCAAAUACACCAGAUCCUCGAAGCCCUCCUAACCCAGAAACUAUUGCCCCAGGAUACACUGGACCACUCAAAGAAAUCCCACCAGAAAAAUUCAAUGAAACAGCGGUCCCAAAGUAUUACAUGUCUCCAUGGCAAGAAGCCAUUGUCAAUGACCCAGACCUCCUAGAUGCAUUGUAUCCCAAAAUGCCCACACCUGGGGAAAAGGAAGACAUACCAGACUACAGGAGCUUCAACAGAGCUGCUACACCAUUUGGGGGAUUUGAAAAAGCUUCAAAAAUGAUAACUUUCAAGAUCCCAGAAUUUAAUCUACCAUCUAUGAAUGACCCUGUAUAUAUGGUACCCAACCCUCUCAGCACUAGACGAUCCUUUAACAGAGCUCCUCAGGGGUGGACAUCUGAACAUGACCCUAUUGUCCUCACGUCUGACAUCUUCCUGAAUGUAGAUAUUCCGGAAUCUGAUGAUCUGUAAAUAACAAAAGCUUAAGUUAUAACAAGAAUAAAAAUAUGUAAUACUAUAGCUUUCCUAGCAUGUUUAAGUUGCUGAAAUAGGAUAUAUUAUGACAAAAAACAAAUGUAUUUUUAAAGUGUAAGUGUCGGUUCCAAUAUAAAUAAAAAUAAUUCCAUAAAA